CUCCGUAGUAUCUUUAUUCCUAGCUCCCAUCCUCAUCAGUUGUCUCUUCGUUUCUUUCUCCCACCUCAGUGGAUGCCAGAUGGUCUGCCUGUCAGAAAUGGCAGGCAAGCGGAAUCGGACGGCCUUCGAGGCUGACCUUCAAGCCCAUCAGUCUCCCUACGCCCUAUACGGAACCCCUCUCCCGCCACUGGAUGCGGGAGUGCGCGAUGAUGGGGGCUUUUACAGGCGGUUUCAGCGCCGGGUGAGCUCAUGGUUCCCCGCGGCGCUCUGGACAGCAUGACUAAAAUCUUUUUUUUCUCUCUCCUGUUGAUAGAUACUUCAACACCGUCGGUUCUAAGGAAGGCUGGACGCCCGCCACUUUUGUCUCGACGCGGCAGAACCGUGCCAAAGAUGCAAAGGAACAACGCCUGCAGCGACCGGAGGAUUUCAUGGACGAGGAGGACAUUCGCGAGGCCGAGGAAUCGAAGCAUCUGCAUACCACAGAGGGAUUUGCCGGGUUUGGGUCGACCGAGCUUGAUUCCUCGCGCCGAUUCGGACUCAUGGAUCUGUUCAAAUCUACGGGCGGUGAAACCAUGGGAGCCAAAUUGCUCAAGAAGAUGGGUUGGCGAGACGGCCAGGGGAUCGGGCCGAAAGUCCGCCGCCGAGCUCAUGUCGAGGAUCACGAUGGGGAGGGAACAGGCGAGAAAACGCACCUCUUCGCCCCGAAGAACCCGCCGAUGGUUGCCUUUAUCCGCAAAACAGAUCAUAAAGGGUUGGGAUUUAAAGGCGAAACACGAUUAGUCGCGGGGUCUCAUGGGAAUGGCCCGGAGGACUCUGGUGAUGAGGAAGGACCCGGCUCCUCGUUGUUUGAUCAGCGAUUCACCAUCCAGAAAGACCGGAAACCACCGAAAGAGAAGGAGAAACGACGGGGCGGGUUCGGUGUAGGUGUGCUGAACGAUACUGGCUCCGACGAUGAAGACCCUUAUUCCCUGGGGCCCUCGAUCUCAUACAAUCGCGUUAUUGGCGGUGACAAGAAGAAAAAGAAGGCGACCAAGCCGGCGAUAUCGUCGGCGAAUCCUCUUCUCGCUGCCAAGCCUGUUUUCAUGUCGAAAAAGACCAUUGCUGCUAGGACUUCUUCGACGGGCUUCCGGAAAUGCCAUGACGGCCGUCUUCCGCUGGAUGGAUUUGUCCUUGCUGACGGCAUCUCAACUCUCUCGAUCUCAUCGCAAGAGAAGAAAUACGCCCCCCCGGAUAUUCCAACAGACUGGAAGUCUCUCAAGACACCGGUCACUGAGCGGGAUGUGACCAACUACGUCUCUACGGCCGAAGCUGCCAAGGCAUCCACUCUAGACCCUACAUCCCGGGCAGCGCUUCUGGGCGAAACCGUGCUCCCUGGAAAAUCCAUCUUCGACUGGAUGACGCCAGCAGCCCGGGAGAAGAUUAUGAAACUUACCGGCAAAACGGACCUUCCUCCAGCGCUAGGGGAGAAAGCCCCCCGCGGAUACGAGAUGACCGAAUCCCAGCGACGGAGAGACCUGUGGGAUCUGGUCCCGAAACUGGACAAGCAGCUUGCUGUGCAGGCUCUGACCCGCGCUGUCAGCGGCUGGAUGCCUUACUCCGAAGAUGAGGCCAAGCGUGCGCGGUAUCGGACCUUCCUCGAGGUCAGAGCCGGUCUGCGGGAUACCCUUCCCGACCGGGCUCCCAACUCGACGACGGACGACUGGGUCACUGAGCUCAACGAGUUCACUCGCGCCGCCGAGGUGUUCAAGCCGAUGUCUUCCAUCAUGGCCUCACGUUUCACCUCGGCCUCAACCGCUCCCAAGACCGCGUCGUCGGAUCAGCCUGACGCGCCGGACUCGCUACUCAGUAAACCAGCCGAAAAGCCCGAAGACCCGGCCGAAGCAGCCGCCAAGAUCGGCAUGUUUGGCCCGGUGACCCGCAGUACCAUUUCUUUCUAUCCCUCCCGGCUGCUCUGCAAACGAUUCAACGUGAAGCCGCCGGACCAUGCCCAGAUGGACACGGGAGAGCAGCCCGGAGCCGUCGACUCUUCCGGCAGCAGGUACUAUCACCAGCAGCAGCCGAAGAAGACCCUGGUCUCGAGGGAGGUGAUGAACGAACUGCUCCUCGAGUCGCAGGGUAAUAAUAAUAACAACAACAAUACUUCUGGCCUAGCUGGACCUUCGGUGACCACAGUCGAGGUGGUGAAACCGCCCGCCGUCAUCGAGCCGGAGCGUAACGAUGCUCUCGAGGGCGACCGGCCGGGCGAAGCAGUCUUCAAGGCGAUCUUUGGUAGCGACGACGAAGAUGAGAGUGACUAGGGAUAUCUUAGCGAGAUGAUCAUACGAUUCUUUUACCUUGACCAGCCAAUACAAGUGAUUCCAUUACAAAAGAAGGUUAAGGUUGAACAGCGUUCAAAGCCCACUACAUACACAUACAAUACUCGUCACUUAAUUAGAAAAAAAAAAGAGUCUAGCUAUGAUGUAGAAGACUACCUAGUAGCUAAGCAUUGCAGUAAGUACUACUGGUCUAUUAACCAGAUCGUACCACCCUGUCAGAAUAAUCCCUGUUGUGCCUUGGGCCGUCACACCAACCAAGCUUUCGUCCAACGUCACCCCGAGGAACGGGUUGUCUUGUCCUCCCUUGCUG